GCUAGCCGCUGCUGUUAGCUGGGAAAACGAAUUAUAUUUUGGCCAGAAAGAAAACAUGCGAUUACGUCAAGGUUACUAGGUCACCGUGGAACACGCUACCGAUAUGUACAGUUUACAAGUUUGAAAACUUCAAGACUUUUUCUCUGCUCUGAUUACAUAAUCAUAUAUAAUUAGGGCUAUUUCAUCGUCGAACUCUCAGCGGAUUUUUUCUAUUUUCUUGUUUAGGUUGGUUGAAUAGUCCAACAGCAGAAAACCAAAAGGAGAGCUCAGCUCUGUUUCCCCAAUAUACACACAAACAAUAACGAACCGUUCCAUUAUCUGUUUCGGACUAGCAAGCGACUAAAAGGUGCCCCGGUCAAAAAACCAAAACGGAGGAACGAAACAGUUCAUAUAUGAGCUCUAACGCCCCCAAAGGAUCGAAAUCGGUUGCGUUGGUCGCCACUGCUAGUGUGGAUGGCUACUUGCGCAAUGCUUCAAAACGCCAACGUGUCCCGGCUGCGGAAGGCGGUCGAGGCACGCGACGCAAGCUGGCCAUGGUUACCUCCGCAAGCGCACGCGCACCCACAACGGAAUUGGAGGUGUCCUCUCCUGCAGCUAAUUUGGAAAAUGUAGACGCAGACGCAGAUGAAUGGGACGAGGUUGAUCUGCCACAAGUUCCUACAACGGUAAAGAAGCAGGAAAUGGACAAUGACACAACUGUAGUAAAGUCAGAUGUGGCAUACGAUGAAAACGGCGGCGCCGUCAAAGCCGAAUCGGGCCGCGGGUCGCCAGCGGUAAAGUCAGAAGGAAUGACAUCAUCGGCAGCACCAAGCACUGAGGACACCAUCAACUACGUCAAGGCGGAGUUGAUCAACGUGGACGCGGACGUUCCAGACGAUGCACCAAUCAUGGAUGGUGCUCAGCUGCCGCUUGUGGGCCAGCCGCGCUCGUCCGGCACGUGGCGGCAACGUGAUCCUGCGUACGAGGCGAUGAUGGAGCAACGCGACUUGCUGGCCGCGCAACGACGCUCCGAGCGUAUACAACGCGUGUGCGAGUCACUUUUCGAAAUACUCGCGGUGCUCCUCCGCGCCCGUCUUAUGUGGCGUGAAUCGUCUCACCCGAAAUUUGUCAAGAUGCUUUUGCGCCUCCAUCUAGCUGCCGGUGGCGGUGAACGGAAGCGUGCACGCAUCGAGCGAAACCACGUAAAGGCGGACGCACGGUAUGUUUUUCUUAAGGCUGUCUUGGAUGCAAAAGCGCUGGUGGCGGAGUCGACGCAGCCGCAGUUUCGCAAGCUGGCUCUUGCUCCUGCGUGGGUGAGCUGCGGGAAGGACACCGUGCAGAGCAAGACCUCUAGCGCUGUCAAGACGCUCCUUGACACGAUAAAUAGGUAUUUCAAGUUAGCAGCGGCUCUUGCGGUGCCAGCACCAGGCGCCGAUGCUUCUCCAUCAGUAUCUGCCGUGACUCCUAGUGACGCCCUCGAUCCAGCCGCAGCCCCGGCUCCUGCGGAGCAAGACUUCUCUGAUUGGUCGGUUGGCUUAGUCCCAAAGUACCUCUCCUCCAAGUUUGCCGAGCUUCACGGUCAGGUGCACGAGAACACCCCUGUGGAGCUGCCGCACCCGGUGUACUUCUCUCUGCUGUUUCUUGCCCUCGCAAGGGUGGUCGGUCUCCGCUGCCGUUUGGUCAUCGCACGGAGGGCCGCGAGGCGGAAGGAGGAGAAGGGCGCGUCGUCUUCAACUCGUCUCGCUGGCGAGGAAGACGAGCCGGGCGAAGAGGACAGGGCAGACGAUGACGUGGAGCGUGUUGGCAGACGACGGCCGUUGCAGAAGUUAUCGAUUUUUGAGGGCCGUGAAAAGCGCAAGGCAAACGGCGAAACUGACGGCACCGCUGUUGGCACCGAAGCGCAAAAGGGAAAGCGGAAGCGCUCCGGCGAUGGAGACGCCAACAACGAGGAGCUCAAGUCCAAGAAACUGCCAACCUCGUGUUUCUGGGUGGAGGUUUGGUCGCCGGAACGAGAAAGUUUUCUCUCCGUCAACCCCUGUCAAGGUUGCGCUACACUUUGGGGAGCCCCGUACACAUUUUCCGUUUCAGGGCACGUUGCAGUGGAUGCCACGCCACGGUACGUUUCGAGAUACAGCACCGCAUACGCGUAUGGGCGUCGCCUUGGGACGUGUCAGCAACUUCGUUUUUUGUGGCACGAUAAACUCGCGUGGGACGACAGUCGCGAAGUAUCGGAGGUGAUUCGAGCCACGUUCAACGAGGACGACACGCACACUUCGGUGCUGACACAGCGACAGCAGCAGCGUGAGAGAAGGCAGCUGCAUUCUUUGAUGUAUUCAGAAGUGGUGCCGACUACGCUGAGUGCCCUCCAUCGUCACCCCCUCUACGUCAUUGAGUCCGAUCUCGCUCGUCACGAGGGCAUUUACCCAAAAGACGCGAACACGACUGUCGGCAGUGUCAAGGGCCACAUGGUGUACAAACGCUCCGCGAUCGUGAGUCUGCGGUCCCGCGACGGCUGGUUGCGCGAGGGACGCAGCUUACUCACGGAGGACCAAGUCCCGUACAAGAUUGUGGCACCUCCGGCGUCCCGCCCCUUCGUGGCACCGUCAACGUUCUUCGGUCGUUGGCAGACACGCCCUUUUGAGCCGCUGCCACUAGUCUCGGGUGAUCCGCCCACCAUUCCUCACCACGGCCGCACGUCGUGGUACAUCCUGCUGGACAAACCUGUCCCUGCUGGUCUCGCGCACAUGACGCAGCCGCAGAUCGCACGCGUCGCACGGCGGAUGCGACUUGACUUCGGCUUGGCGGUCACCGGCUUCGAGCGCCGCCGCACCGAUGAGCACCGCCGCGGGCAUUGGGAGACACUCAUCAGCGGCAUCGUGGUGAGAGAGUUGGACAGCGCGACGUUGCUCCACGCGUACGAGGAAUGGAUGCAGCUGGUACAGGAGCAGGAGGCCGCCAAGCGUCGCCACCGUGCCUUCCACUGGUGGCUGCUGUUGUCCCAACGCUUGCUGUCCCUGAAGCGGCUGCAGGAUCAAUAUGCGAGGGGAUUGGGUGCAGGCACCAUGCCAGUGCAGUAG